AUGGAGAAUGUGCAAAGAAACAAGAAUCAGAAAACUGCUUUGAAGGCCAUCGAAAAGAGUUUCUUGAAGAGGAAAGAUUGCAUCAAGAAAAAGACCAUGGAACUCUCUGUUCUCUGUGAUGUCAAGGUCUGUGCCAUUAUUGUUGGGCCAGACGGAACAGUUGAAACAUGGCCAGAAAGUCGUAAUGAUGUGCAGCAGGUGAUCGAAAUGUACGUAAACUGCCCAGUUAACAAGAAGAAAAGGCAACGGCCCCAAGAACUUGAUCUUGGUGGGGAUGAUCGCAGUAACAAAAAACGGAAAGUAUGUGUUGUCUUUGAGGGAGUGAAGAAGACAGGGUUUACAGAUGAAGAUUAG